AUGGUUGGUCUUGGACCUCGUCCGCCUCCUUCUAGGAAGGGUUCCAAGACGGACUUGCCCCAGGAUCUCCUCCAUGAGGUGAAAAGGCUGGAAGAUCUUUUCACUGUUGACACGGCUUUGCUGAAGAAAAUCACCGACCAUUUCAAGUCUGAACUAGCUAAAGGCCUGAGCGUCGAAGGCGGCAGCAUUCCCAUGAAUCCCACAUGGGUCAUGUCCUUCCCUGAUGGCCAUGAGACUGGCACCUUUCUCGCUCUGGACAUGGGCGGCACCAACCUGCGAGUUUGCGAAAUCACUCUCACUGACCGAAAGUCUGAGUUUGAUAUCAUCCAAUCCAAGUACCGGAUGCCGGAGGAGCUCAAGACUGGAAACUCAGACGAGCUUUGGGAAUACAUUGCCGACUGUUUACAACAGUUUGUAGAGACACAUCACGGCGACUGCUCCAAGAUCGAUACUCUACCCCUUGGUUUCACCUUUUCAUAUCCCGCCACACAAAACUACAUUGACGAGGGGAUACUUCAGCGAUGGACCAAAGGGUUCGAUAUAGCCGGCGUUGAGGGAAAGAAUAUUGUCCCCAUGUUACACUCGGCUCUUGAGAAAAAGGGUGUGCCGAUCAGGCUCACGGCUUUGAUCAACGAUACUACGGGAACUUUGAUUGCGUCUGCGUACACCGACACCAAGAUGAAGAUCGGCUGCAUCUUCGGAACGGGGUGCAAUGCUGCUUACAUGGAGGACAUUGCAUCUAUUCCUAAACUAGCUCACAUGAACCUCCCUCCUGACACGCCAAUGGCAAUCAACUGCGAAUGGGGCGCCUUUGACAAUGAACACAAGGUCCUGCCUAGGACCGAGUUUGACGUGAUUAUUGACCGGGACUCCCCUCGCCCCGGCCAGCAGGCUUUUGAGAAGAUGAUUGCGGGUUUAUACCUCGGCGAGAUAUUCCGGCUAGUUCUCGUGGACCUGCACGACAACCGCGAUGCGAAAAUCUUUGCUGGUCAAGACAUUUCCCUCCUUCGCAAAGCCUAUUCGCUUGACGCCUCUUUCCUCUCUGCUAUUGAGGAGGACCCCUAUGAGAAUCUUCAGGAGACUCUUGACCUCUUUGCAUCCAAGCUGAACCUUUCUUGCAGCCGUCCAGAACUGGAGUUGAUCCGGAGGCUUGCCGAGCUCAUUGGAACACGAGCUGCUCGCCUCUCUGCGUGCGGUGUUGCUGCCAUCUGCAAGAAGAAGGACUACAAAACUUGCCACGUCGGUGCCGAUGGCUCCGUUUUUAACAAGUACCCUCAUUUCAAGGCCCGUGGCGCCCAGGCUCUCCGGGAAAUCCUCGACUGGCCAGCCAAAUCCGAUGCCAAGGAAGAGGAUCCCAUUGAAAUUCUCGCUGCCGAGGACGGUAGCGGUGUCGGCGCUGCUUUGAUUGCUGCCCUGACGUUGAAGCGGGUCAAGGCAGGCAACACGGCAGGUGUACUGCAGCCGGAGAAUUUCAAGUGA